AUGGCUCCGAAUAACCCCUUCAAGUUCGGGACCGACCUCUGGGACACGUCCAAUCGCUUUGAGACGUCGUGGUUGUUGAGUCCCUACUUGCUUUUCGCUUGUCGCGCCCUCAUUUCCCUCUACGCCUUCGUCACCCGAUUCUUCAUCAUCGGCUGGACCUGCACCCACGACUCCCUGGGCGGUUGCUCUGCAGUCCGCCUCUCGUUCUCGUAUUUCACCAUCCUGACGUACUGGGGCAUCGCCUUCUACUUUCUCUUCGCCGCCAUCCACACUCUCACCUACGCCAUCCGCGGCCGCCCUCUCCUCGACAGCUUCCCCCGUCCGCUGCAGGCCCUCCACGCCCUGUUCUACUCCACCAUCGUCACAUACCCGUUCCUCGUCACCAUCGUCUAUUGGGUCGUCCUUUACGAUGGUCCCUGGUUCACCGUCGAGUUCAACGCCUGGUCUAAUAUCAGCCAGCAUGGCCUCAACAGCGCCUUUGCCCUGUUCGAGAUCAUCAUCCCCCGCACAAACCAGCCGCUCUGGGUCAACAUCCCUUGGUUGAUCCUCAUCCUCGCCCUGUACCUCGGUCUCGCCUUCAUCACCUACGCAACACGAGGCGUCUAUGUCUACAGCUUCCUCGACUACAGGAAGAACGGCCGGGGUAUCGUCGCCGCCUACAUCAUUGGCAUCGCGGUUGGCAUCGUCAUCAUCUUCUGCAUCGUAUGGUGCCUCAUCUGGUUGCGGAAGUGGGUGACUGAGACGAAGAUGGGCAAGGAGGGCAAGUUUGCCGCGCCGCCCCACGACAAUGACGUUGAGAUGAAUCGCAUGGAAAAUAAGCACGCCAUAGGAAGCAACUCCGAGACGCCUGAUCGGUUAUACUAG